AACAGCGAAGCAAGCUGCGUCUUUUUAUCUUUUGCUCUGCUGCUAACAAGCUAGAUAUGGUUAGCUAACCGAGCUAGCUGGCUAGCCACGGAGUUGACAAAGUAAACAGUCAAUCUAGGCCGAUAUCGCCAUACAAUCUUGGUUGCAAAGUUGCAUUUCGCACUCAGCUCCUUUUGGACUGGAGAGUGGGGAUGUUUUGCGGGCUUUUCUGGCAGGCAGGAGUUGAAGAUUACAGAGUUUUGCUGAGUUUCCCCCUCUAUCUCUGCUAGCGCCAGAGCAGCCUCUGAAACAAGGAGAAAUGGCGUCCGCGGACGUGGACAGCAGUCAAAGCGAGUUUCUGCAGCCCGGCGGCGCCACGGAAACACAGACGACAGAUAUGUCAGCCAUUCAGCUGACGGGCUCAGACCGAUGGGAAGUGUUAACUCCGGUCUCAUCUGGGAAGGAAGACCAGGGAAUCCUUCACAUUCAAAACUCGGGAAUUGUCACGUCCAAUGGACAGUAUGUACUUCCUCUUGGGAGUCUGCAAAACCAGCCCAUUUAUGUUACAGCAUCUGGGAAUGAUGGUUCAGCCAAUGGAGUGUCAGGCAUCCAGUAUCAGGUAAUCCCCCAAAUCCAAAAUGCAGAUGGGACACUGUCAGGAUUCACACAUGGAUUGGAUGAUGGCACGGGGCAGAUCCAGCUCAUCCACGAUGGCGGUCAAGGCAGCAUUGGGAUCAGCUGUGCCACGACGACGACCUCUGACCUCUUGACGCAGGCCGGGCAGGUCCAGUCCAUCCAAGGGGUCUCACUAGGGGGGUCCACGUACACCGGCUCCAUGGGGCUGCCGGGCAACAUAACGUUCGUCCCCAUAAACAGUGUGGACCUGGAGUCUCUAGGACUGACCGGAGCACAUACGGUCCCCAUCGCAACUGGGGUAACGGCUGAAGGUCAGCUGAUCAUGGGCGGCCAGACGCUGGACAAUCAGGGUCAGGAUGUUAAGCAGUCGAUGGUGACUGUGAGCGGCGACCACCACCAACUCUACGUGCCAACCACCACCUCCUCCUCCAACACCUCCCAUCUCCCGGAGACCAUCGACGGCACCGGGGUCCUGACCCAAGCCACCGCCGUAUCUGCAGGCGUGUCCGACCCAUCACAGGAGAACUACAACUCCCAGAACCACAUGCAGCAAAUCCAGGUCUCAUCGUCUCACGCCACCACUAUGUCGCAGCCCAUCCUGCACCUGUCUGGGGACGGGCAGGGGGCUCAGGGUCAGGACCUGAAUGCAGGAGGACAGACUCUGCAGAGCGUGCAGCUGGUGAACCCCGGGACCUUCCUCAUCCAGGCCCAGACCGUCUCCGCCACCGGGCAGAUCCAGUGGCAGACCUUCCAGGUUCAGGGGGUGCAGUCUCUCCAGGGCCUCCAGCUGCCCCAGGGCCAGGCUCAGGCCCAGCAGCUGACCCUGGCCCCGGUCCACAACCUCUCUCUGGGCCAGGGGGGCCACGUCAGCCUGCCCAACCUGCAGACCGUCACAGUCAACUCCAUCACACAGAGCGGAGUUCAGUACUCACAGGGGGAGGACAACAGUCCAGCUGGUAUCCACAUCAAGGAGGAGCCGGACUCUGAGGAGUGGCAGCUGAGCGGAGACUCCACGCUGAACCCGAGCGAUCUGAACAACCUGCGCGCUCAGCUGGGGGACGAGGACAUGGGGGGGGACGGGGGGGAGGGCAAGAGGCUCCGCAGAGUGGCCUGCACCUGCCCCAACUGCAAGGAGUCCGGGGGAAGAGGGUCGGGCAUGGGGAAGAAGAAGCAGCAUAUCUGCCACAUCGUGGGCUGCGGGAAGGUUUACGGGAAGACGUCUCAUCUCCGAGCUCACCUGCGCUGGCACAGCGGAGAGAGACCCUUCGUCUGCAACUGGAUGUUCUGUGGGAAGAGGUUCACCCGGAGCGACGAGCUGCAGAGACACCGGAGGACACACACAGGGGAGAAGAAGUUUGUGUGCAUAGAGUGCGCCAAGAGGUUCAUGCGGAGCGACCACCUGGCCAAGCACAUAAAGACUCACCAGAAUAAAAAACCCGGCGUCCCCUCCUCCUCGUCUCCGCCCACCAAUGACACCAUCAUUACGGCGGACGGCACCACGCUCAUCCUGCAGACCACCUCCCACGACCUCAAUCAGGAGAUCCCUCUGCAGCUGGUUACCGUGGCGUCCGGUGAGGUCAUGGAAUAAGGGGGUGAGGCGGCUUUUUGAGAACUGGCCUAUCACAGGGACCUCUUGGGCUUUUCUCUUUCCCUUCUUACCUUUUUUUUGUUUGUUUUUUACAUAUGAAUAUAUACGUAAAUAUAUAUGACAAAUAUAUAUAUUUUAAGUAAGAGUUAUCAUGACUUUAUGUUUGUUUUUUGCAGUCUUUUUAUAGGCGCGCAAAAAAAACAACAUUAAAAUGUGAUCGCUAUGUACACCUAUAAACACACACACACACACACAUGCAUUAACACUCAACACACAACAUGAAUAUUCAACACGAUGAAAUGCCUUAUUUUGUAUCAUACUCUUGUAUAAAAUGCUGGAGGUGCAUGUGUUUUUUAAGCUUUGCAGAUGAUGUAACUGUAAUGGAGAUAAAUGCGUUUGUGAAAUGAUUAUGGUGGUGCGUUAUGAAAAGAGAGGAAGGAAAGUAGGGAACCUCUGGGAUGAUUUUGAAUGUUUGUCUCUGGAGAGUUCUGACUAAACCGAGCUGUCUGUUUGAAGGCACUGCUGCCGCCAUGAGGAACGCUUUUGUUUUGAAAAGAAUAGUUCAACAGUUUAGGAAACAUGCUCUUUUGCAUCCUUUAUGCAGGGAGUUAGAUUUCUCAUCUAGAUUGACACCACUCCUGUUUGUACUGUAAAUAUGAAGCUAAGUGUUAGCUUAGCGCAGCACACAGACACAGGGAAACGGCUAGCAUGGCUGUUCAGAGGUGACACACAUCAGUCUGACAGCAUCUCUCAAGUAAAUUAGGUAAGAGGGUGUAUCUUGUCUGUUUUAUCUGUACAAAAACAAAGUGUAAAGCCAUAAAUGUGUAGUUUUUUUGUUGGGUUAAGUUGCAGAUUAUUUGCAAGGCUAACAGUGCAGCCUUGAUAAGUAGUUAUUAUAACCUUGUAAAACAGGAAACUAGCACUUUUGCACUGCAUAUUUUGUACAAAUUAUACAAACAAGAUUCAGUUUGUUCCCUUUUUCACAAGAGAUGUGAACAAGGGAACAUUAAAGAUUCUGGUAGCUGGAUUUUGUGACACUUCUAAAUUAUUCUAGCUAGCUGUUUCCACCCGUUUCCUGUUGUUGUGCUAACUUAGCUAAGCAGCUGCUGGUGUUUACUGUACAGACAUGUGCGUGGUGCCAAUGGUCUCUUCUUACUUUUGGCAAGAAAGCAAAUUAGCAUUUUUCCCAAAAUGUCUAAUCUUUCUUUAAUAAAGCCCAGCAGCUGUGGGCCAAUCAGUGACAGCCACCGGGCGGGGCCUCUGAGCACGGCGGGAGUUAAAUUGGGCACAUUGUUCGCUGAUCUGAUGCUGGUGAUGGGAAAUAGAUGCAAGCCACUCUGAAAAAAAAGGGGCAACUUCUUCCAGCGUCUGGUCAGCGGGAACAGAAUGUCUCAUCUGCUCACGAGCCCGCUGUGCUCGUCCACGUCAAACACGUUUUUUAUUUUCCUUUUGCAAUGUCUUUGUUGUAAAUUCACAUUGUAUUUCAGUUUUUCUGUGUCGCCGAUCUCGCGUGUCGUCUAAAUCGAAGUCACAUGUUGGUGAUCCUGUAAUGUCGAGGGGUUACCUCUGAGUUCCUGCAGGGCUCUUUAUUGCCAUCGUCAUCUGCACGCGGCUGCAGGAGGAGAACGUGCACAAAUUGUUGCCAUGAGAAGAAGAAGAAACGGAGAGAGGCAACGACCCCGAGGUGUUUGUCAUCAUUCCAGCUGAUGUGGGAUUAAGUUUUGCAAUAACGGCUCUGCUGGUAAUUCUGGCCUGAUGUCACUCAAGUCAAAAGGAAAACAAUCAUGCCAUUGUUUGUCGUUUUUAUUUUAAUUAAUGUAAUCCUUUCCUCAGUUUGUCCUCAUGUUUGUAGCAUUCAUUUACAUGUAUAUUAUCUUAUGUUCACAUUGUUUAUAGAAGCCAUUGCUUAGUUAACUGCUUUUUGUUGUAUCAAAACCUUAUUUUAAAAGUGAUUUUUUUUUUAAAGAAUUGGUGUAAAAAUUGAAUGUUACUUUUUGUAAAACCUUUUUUCAAAUGGAUCACAAUAAAAGUCUCAAACCUUCCAGAAA